UUACAGUAAACCGCCGGAGUCCGGUUUCCGAUCUCUCCAGUUGGCAGCUGAACAUCACAAGACCGGUUGAAGCUAUUCCUGGUGAAGUUUAAGACUUGUCGAGACUGGAAAAGACCUUAAAAAAACGCCACCAUGUCGACCAUAUGUGGGAUAUUAUUUCGUCGGUGUACCCUGGUUAUAAAGCAGGCCCACAGAAGUGUACACAGAAUGCCUCCCGUCCCCGCCCAGACCCAGCCCAGCUUCCGUACGCUCCAUGGAGACCUGGACAAGCUGCAGCCUCGCAUCAGAACUUGGGUUGAGCAGCAGGCCAGAAUUUGUCAGCCAGACAACAUCCACAUCUGUGAUGGUACCACAGAGGAGAACAACAUCAUCCUAAACCUACUGGAAUCACAGAAGAUGGUCAAGAAACUACCCAAAUAUGAGAACUGCUGGUUGGCCAAUACGGACCCCAGAGACGUUGCCCGCGUAGAAAGCAAGACGGUGAUCUGCACGGAGAGCGAAAGAGACACCAUCCCCCAGCCGGCGGAGGGUGUGAAGGGGCAGCUGGGACACUGGAUCUCACCUAAAGACAUGGAGAUCGCCUUCGAGGAGAGGUUUCCUGGCUGCAUGAGAGGUCGCACGAUGUAUGUCAUCCCCUACAGCAUGGGACCCGUGGGCUCGCCACUCGCAAAGUACGGCAUCGAGCUGACGGACUCCCCCUACGUGGUGGCCAGCAUGCGCAUCAUGACCAGGAUGGGCGCCAAUGUGUUGGACGCCAUUGGCGAAGACGAGUUUGUGAAAUGCCUCCACUCCGUCGGAGCACCAGUUUCUGAUUCAGAGAACGCUGACAAAAAGUGGCCCUGCAACCCCAAAAAGGUGAUGAUCGCCCACAUCCCUGACAAGAAAGAGAUCAUCUCGUACGGCAGCGGCUAUGGAGGCAACUCCCUGCUGGGUAAGAAGUGCUUUGCCCUGAGAAUAGCCUCCAGAAUCGGACGGGACGAAGGCUGGCUGGCUGAGCACAUGCUGAUCCUGGGCAUCACCAACCCCCAGGGUGAGAAGAAGUACAUUGCCGCAGCCUUCCCCAGCGCCUGCGGCAAGACUAACCUCGCCAUGAUGCAGCCCACCCUGCCCGGCUGGAAGGUGGAGUGCGUCGGCGACGACAUCGCCUGGAUGCGCUUCGACGACGAGGGCAGACUGCGUGCCAUCAACCCCGAGAACGGCUUCUUCGGAGUCGCGCCCGGGACGUCGUACGACACGAACCCCAACGCCAUGAGGACCAUCACCAGUAAUACCGUGUUCACCAACGUGGCGGAAACCAGCGACGGCGGGGUUUGGUGGGAAGGCAUGGAGAAACCUGAGCCGGGAGUUGAGAUCACCACUUGGCUUGGGAAGAAGUACGACCCUGCCGACAAGAGCAUGAAGGCCGCCCACCCCAACUCUCGGUUCUGUGCGCCCGCCGGGCAGUGUCCCAUCAUGGACCCGGCCUGGGAGAGCCCAGAGGGUGUUCCCAUCGAGGCCAUCAUGUUCGGCGGCAGAAGACCCAAGGGUGUCCCCCUGGUGUACGAGGCUUUCAACUGGACCCACGGCGUGUUCAUCGGCGCUGCCAUGAGAUCAGAGGCAACUGCUGCUGCUGAGCACAAAGGCAAAGUCAUCAUGCACGAUCCCUUCGCCAUGAGACCGUUCUUCGGCUACAACUUCGGCCAGUACCUGUCCCACUGGCUGAGCAUGCAGAGCCACCCCAACGCACAGCUGCCCAAGAUUUUCCACGUCAACUGGUUCCGCAAGGCGGAGGCGGGCGGCUUCCUGUGGCCCGGCUUCGGGGAGAACGCCCGCGUGCUGGACUGGAUCUGCCGCAGGGUCGACAACGAGGACUGCGCCAAUGAGUCUCCGAUUGGCUACCUGCCCGCGGACGGGUCGUUGAAUACGGAAGGGUUGAAGGAGGCGGUUGACAUGCAGGAGCUGUUCUCCCUGCCCAGAGACUUCUGGUCCCAGGAAGUAAAGGCCAUCGAAAAGUACUUCCAGGAUCAAGUCAACGACGAUCUGCCCAACGAGAUCAGGAACGAGCUACACAAGCUGGGGGAGCGUGUGCAGGAGUUGUAAGGGGUUUGGGAAGGGCUUGGGUGUCAAAUUUUAUGAAAGAGACUGGAAUUUUUUCGCCCGGAGAAGAAGCAUGUUUUAUGAGGAGAGGGGAUUUAUUUUCAAAGUGAUUGUGCUUUGGGUGUUUUGUCUUUUUGGCAUCACGAUACAAACAAAUGGAAGAGAAAGUACAGUAGGUCACAAAGUAGGCACCGUUGGAGGUUCUGGCCUCUGAUUGACGAUGAGACUAAGUUUCCCACUCCUAUGUGUGACCAGCAGAUUCAGCAGUAAUUAAACUGAAAUUAUCGCUUUCUUCUGCAUUCGUCUGUGCAUUGGAGUUCAACUUACGGAUUCUCAAUAUACAGCUGGCAUGAACUAUCUUGUUACUGGCACAACCAGAAGCUAAUUAUUACUUCACGUAUAUUACCUCAUGGCCUGGAUGUAUCGACAAAGUUGCACUCCUAGUCUUAAAUAAUUAUUUCAACAUUUUUUUUGCACACACUAUUAUAUAGUUGUGUUGUCUUGUAGCAACGGAUCAUUACAAAGCAUUCCUCAAAAUGUACAGACAAUUUUUUUCAGCCGCAUUGAUUGUGGCAGCUUUUUCUUUUUUUAAAAAUGUUUGUGUUGUCCAGUCAGAUCUUGUGGAAUACCGGUCCUUAUGCAGCACUGAAGCUGUGGUAAGAAUAUAAGGAGAAACUUUGAUAUGAAAACGUGCAUUUUGAAUGCCUUUUUUGAGCCUUGGAAUGCCUUUAUUGGGCCUUCAAUAAGCAUGGUUUGGUGUUUUAUAUUCUUACCUCAGUGAGUCAGUACUUUUUACCUGACUUAGAUGUAACCUAUUUAUGUAGUAUCUAGAAAAUGUCUAUAUUUGUGAUUUCAAACUGUGUAAACGAAAAAGAGGAUGGACUGCUUCCUGGGUGUUCUGGGGUCGGGGCGGAGCGUCGUAGCAACAAAACUUUAAUGGCAAUGACUUGAAUGAAGCUGCUACGUGUGACGUACUACGUUUUUAAAAUUAGAUAUAACUUUGACCGUUAUUUAAAUGUUGCUGUCUGCUAAUGUGUAUUGUGUACAUAUAUAAAUAUCUGUAUGUCUAGGGAAGUACACUGAUGGCCAUACUGGCCUUUUUUUCUGAUCCUAAAUGUUCAUCCUGGGUGUUUUCUGUCCCAGUUUGUGAUCAUAAUUUAUCAUUUGUACAGAUGUGUAGGGACUUUUAGCCAAUAGCAUACCUCAUGCAUGUCUUUUUUUUUCUUCUUUUUACUUCACCUAUUAAAUGUCACUUUCCACUGUGAUCUUA